CAAAAAAUCAAACAUUAAGAAGAUCAAAAAUCCCAAUCCAUUAUCCCAAUCACAUCCUUGGGAGGAGUCGACCAUUCAACUUCUCUAAGCGCCUCAAUCACAUCCUCAGCAGCUACGUUGUCCCAAUCCAUUAUCUCCCUCGCUUCCUCUUCUUCCUUAUAUCUCUGAAGCCACAAGAUGAAUAUCGAUGAAGAAUUCAAGAAGCUCCGAUGAUGAUUCCAAGUUCGGCUGUGAUUGAUUGAUUGAUUGAGGAUGUUAAUGUUUUUAAUAACUGAAGAGUACUUAGUGAUGUCUCAAUCCAAUUGCCGAAAACGACUAAACAACACAAAAAGCAAAACAGUGUAGUUUACAGAGACAAGAGAAUGUUUGCAGUUUCGAUAGGACCUCGUACCACAUCGUGCCGUUUGAGGUAUGCGUUCCUCUGUCACCACCACCACCUCUCGGUUCGGCUCCACCAUCUCCACCAACAGCCGCACCAACAACCAUCUCUCUCUUUUCAGAUUCGUUCGGUAAGAAAGCAGAUCGACAUGGCAGCUCAAGGUGAAUAUGGAGUGGUGAAGUCAAAAACAGGGAGAGAUUCGUAUGAGGAAGCGUUGGCUGCUUUGUCUUCUUUGAUUACAAAGCGAAGUCGUGCUGAUAAAAGCAACAGUGGGGAUCGUUUUGAGUUAGUCUUUGAUUAUCUCAAGCUACUUGACCUGGAAGAAGACAUUUUGAAGAUGAAAGUUAUUCAUGUUGCUGGUACUAAAGGCAAGGGAUCCACAUGUGCCUUUACAGAGUCUAUUUUACGAAACUAUGGCUUCCGAACUGGACUCUUCACUUCACCUCACCUCAUUGAUGUCCGGGAAAGGUUUCGCUUGGAUGGUGCGGACAUAAGUGAGGAGAAAUUUUUGGGUUAUUUCUGGUGGUGCUAUAACAGGCUCAAGGAGAGAACUAACGAGGAGAUACCGAUGCCUACAUAUUUCCGCUUCCUUGCGUUGCUAGCUUUUAAAAUUUUUGCUGCAGAAAAGGUAGAUGCUGCUAUAUUGGAGGUAGGAUUAGGUGGCAAGUUUGAUGCCACUAAUGCGGUUCAGAAGCCUGUGGUAUGUGGUAUUUCUUCACUCGGAUAUGACCACAUGGAAAUUCUAGGUGAUACCCUUGGAAAAAUUGCUGGUGAAAAGGCUGGAAUUUUCAAGGUUGGAGUUCCAGCCUUCACAGUGCCCCAACCUGAUGAAGCCAUGCGUGUCCUUGAAGCGAAAGCUUCCGAAUUAGAUGUGAAUCUCGUAGUGGAGCAACCACUAACUGCAAGGCUGUUAAGUGGUCAGAAACUUGGGCUUGAUGGGGAGCACCAAUAUCUUAAUGCUGGUCUAGCAGUUUCGCUUGCCUCUACCUGGCUUCAGCAAAUUGGUAAACUUGAAGUUCCAAGUCGGACUCAGAUGGGUAUUUUGCCUGAGCAAUUCAUCAAAGGGUUAGCUACAACGAGUUUGCAAGGGAGAGCACAGGUCGUCCCUGAUCAAUUUACUGAAUCUCGGACUUCAGGAGAUCUAGUCUUUUAUCUGGAUGGAGCUCACAGUCCAGAAAGCAUGGAAGCAUGCGCCAAAUGGUUUUCGUUUGCCGUUAAGGGAGACAACCAGUCAGAGAGUUCGGAACAUCUGGUUAAUGGCUCCGCAGCAUCCUCUCAUGAAAAAUGGUUUGGUGAAACCUGCCAACAGAUAUUGUUGUUCAAUUGUAUGUCAGUUCGGGACCCAAACCUGCUGCUUCCACAUCUAAGGAAUACAUGUGCAAAAUACGGUGUGCAUUUCAAGAAGGCAUUGUUUGUACCAAACAUGUCAGUGUAUCACAAAGUUGGUACAGCGGCUGAUUUGCCAGAGAAUGAUCCACAGGUUGACUUGUCAUGGCAGUUUACACUCCAGAAAGUUUGGGAAAGCCUUGUCCAGAGUGAAAGAGGGAACGCAGAAGGAGAAGAAGAUAGAGGAAAAGAUGGUGACAGUAGUGGGAAUAGUGAGGUGUUUACUUCACUGCCCAUGGCAAUAAAAUGGCUAAGGGAUAAUGUACAUGAGAGUAGCUCAGCCACACGUUUCCAGGUUCUUGUAGCUGGUUCGUUACAUCUUGUUGGCGAUGUACUGAGAUUAAUCAGAAAAUGAAGAGAAACACACACGUCAAUUUUCAAAAAAUAGUAUACGAAAGCCCUCAUCCACCAGCCUGUCCACUGUGGAAGAGGGUGGCCUUUAUUGUUAAAGUCUUAAUUUUGUAUGAUUUCGAGUUUACAUUCCAGCUUCAGUUACGGGUACUUGUUAUUUUCUUUUUCAAAUUCAAGAUCAAUAGUUGACAAAAAAGACAAAACAAAGGAAUCAUGUUCACAAAUGUGACAUGAUUAAUGAUUUGCAUCUUUCUCCA